GCAAGUGGACCAAGAGAGACCCAGUACCGCAGCGGACAUCUGAACCAGGACGGUUGCUGCAGCCUGGAGGCUUGAUGCUCAGAGAUGCAGGCGUCACUGCUAAUGCUUGUCUGCGCCCUGGCUGCUGCUGCUGGCCAGGAGCCUGACCACAGCCACGGCUGCGCCCACGGCAGCUGUUACCCAGCAACGGGGGACCUGCUGGUUGGACGAGAGAAGAACCUGAAGGCCUCGUCCACAUGUGGGAUGAGGAGAAAAGAGCCCUACUGCAUUGUCAGUCAUCUGCAGGAUGAGAAGAAGUGUUUCGACUGUGACUCCAGACGACCAUAUGACCCAGUGUACAACACCAUCAACCAUCGGAUAGAGAAUGUGAUCACCACCUUCAAGCCUCACCGCAAGAAGUCCUGGUGGCAGUCAGAGAACGGAAAGAAGGAUGUCUUCAUCCAACUGGAUCUGGAAGCAGAGUUUCAUUUCACUCACCUGAUUAUGACCUUUAAGACCUUCCGUCCAGCCGCAAUGCUGAUUGAACGGUCUGCAGAUUUCGGUCGUACCUGGCAGAUCUACCGCUACUUUUCCCACGACUGCGCUGCUACCUUUCCAGGAGUCUCCCAGGGUCAUCUGCGCACCAUUAAUGAUGUCGUCUGUGAGUCGCGCUACUCUGACAUCGAGCCGUCGACAGAGGGAGAGGUCAUCUACAGAGUGUUGGAUCCAGCCAUCAGGAUUGAGGAUCCAUACAGCCCGAACAUCCAGAACCAGCUAAAGAUCACUAACUUGAGAGUGAACUUCACCAAGCUUCACACACUUGGAGACAACUUGCUGGACCCCAGAGCUGAAAUAAAAGAAAAGUACUACUACGCCAUAUAUGAGCUUGUCGUACGCGGAAACUGCUUCUGCUACGGCCACGCCUCAGAGUGCGCCCCUAUCGACGGCAUCAGAGACGACAUAGAGGGAAUGGUUCACGGCAGGUGUGUGUGUAAUCACAAUACCAAGGGUUUAAACUGUGAGCAAUGUGAUGACUUCUACAACGACCUGCCCUGGAGACCAGCUGAAGGGCGCAACACCAACGCCUGCAAGAAGUGUAACUGUAACAGCCACUCCAGCCAGUGUCACUUCGACAUGGCGGUGUAUUUGGCUACGGGCAACACCAGCGGAGGAGUGUGUGACGACUGUCAGCACAACACUAUGGGACGCAACUGUGAGAUGUGCAAACCUUUCUACUACAAAGACCCCUUCAAGGACAUCAGGGACCCUCGAGUCUGCAUAGCUUGUGACUGCGACCCUGACGGUUCUCAGAAUGGAGGGAUGUGCGACAGCCACACCGAGCCCUCCCUCAACAUGGUGGGAGGUCAGUGCCGCUGCAAGGCCAACGUGGAGGGGCCGCGGUGUGACAAGUGUAAGACCGGCUUCUUCGGCCUGAGUGCCGAAAACCCUCAGGGCUGCCAACCUUGCCGAUGUGACCACAGGGGAACAGUGUCAGGUAGCUCCCAGUGUGACCCCGUCAGUGGAGACUGCUUCUGCAAGCGUCUUGUCACUGGACGCAGCUGUGACCAGUGUUUGCCAGAACACUGGGCUCUGAGCCACGACCUGAACGGCUGCCGAGGCUGCGAGUGUGAUAUCGGAGGAGCCCAGGACAACCACUGCUCCAUGGAGAGCGGUCAGUGUCGCUGCCGCAGUCACAUGACAGGACGCCAGUGUACGCAGGUGGAGUCCAGAUACUUCUUCAUGGCUCUAGAUCACUUCCUGUAUGAGGCUGAGUUGGCCAAAAUGGGACAUGGCUGUAUGUUGGAGACCAGGGAACACCAGCCAGGCCGUCCCGCCACAUGGACGGGAAUUGGGUUCGCUCGGGUACCUGAGGGUGGCACCCUGGAGUUCCUUAUCAGUGACAUCCCCUACUCUAUGGAAUAUGACCUCCUCAUCCGCUAUGAGUCACAGAUGCCCCGAGACUGGGAAGAGGUGAGAAUAACAGUGAUCCGACCCGGGCCGAUUCCUACCAGCAGUCCCUGUGGAAACACCAUCCCAGAUGAUGACAGACUCACAGUGUCCCUGCCGGCUGGAGCCAGGUUUAUGGUCCCUCCUCAUGCUGUGUGUUUGGAAAGAGGUGUGACUUACACCCUCCGAUUUGAGUUCAGACGCUAUCAGGACGCCAACAGUAUCCUCAACGGCGCAGCCAACGCUGUCCUCCUCGUGGACUCUAUUGCCUUGAUGCCACGUCACUCCUCCAUGGAGAUGUUCAACGCGGGGGAUCCAGCUUCCAACAACAGGAAGCAGACCUAUGAGCGCUACCGCUGCCACGAGGGGGCCAAGAGUGUGACCCGCCCACUGAUGAGUGACACCUGUGCCAAGCUAAUUACCAGCAUGUCGGCUAUUAUAAAUGACGGGGCUCUGCCUUGUAAUUGCGACCCUCAAGGGUCCAUCAGCGCCAUGUGUGAUGUCCGCGGGGGCCAAUGUCCCUGCAGGCCCAAUGUGAUUGGUCAACGCUGUGACCAGUGUGCUCCAGGAACCUACGGCUUUGGGCCCUCAGGCUGCAUAGCUUGCAGUUGCAGCUUGGAAGGCUCUGUGACUCGACUUUGUGACAAGUUCACUGGUCAGUGCCAGUGCCGUCCUGGAGCGUUCGGUCAGCGCUGCGACGGAUGCCAGGUAGGUCACUGGGGCUUCCCCAGCUGCCGACCCUGCCAGUGUAACGGACACGCCGACAAGUGCGACCAGAGGACCGGAGCCUGCGUCAACUGCAGGGACAACACAGGAGGGGACAAGUGUGACAGGUGUGCCAAUGGUUAUUAUGGUAAUCCAGUUCUGGGCAUAGUAUCCAGUGGUCAGUGUCGCCCAUGUCCCUGUCCAGAUGGUCCCAACAGUGGACGCCACUUUGCUGCAUCUUGUUACCAGGACAACCGCAACAGACAAAUUAUCUGCAACUGUAACCAAGGUUACACAGGAGCCCGAUGUGAGGAAUGUGCUCCGGGUUAUUAUGGCAACCCCUCUCAGCCCGGAGGACGCUGCCAGCCGUGCCAGUGCAACAACAACAUAGACAUGUCAGACAUGGAUGCUUGUGACAGGCAGACUGGAGAUUGCAGGAAAUGCCUUUACAACACCGAAGGCCCCGGCUGUGGCAUCUGCAAGAGCGGCUAUUUCGGGGACGCUUCCCGGCGCAAUUGCAGGAAGUGCACUUGUAACUUCCUGGGUACUGACCGAGGCCAGUGUAUGGAGCGUGAGGACUGUGUGUGCCAGCGUGCCACAGGGCAGUGCCAGUGUCUACCUAACGUCAUAGGCCUGACAUGUGACCACUGCGCCCCCAACCACUGGAACCUGGCCAGCGGGAGGGGCUGUGAGGCCUGCGGCUGUGAUCCCAACAACUCAGUCACCUCCUCAUGUAAUGAGUUCACUGGACAGUGUCAGUGCCGUGACGGUUUUGGUGGGAAGACCUGCACAGACUGUCAGGAAAACUACUGGGGAGACCCCAGGACACAGUGCAGAGCCUGUGACUGUGACUGGCGUGGCAUUGAGACCUCUCAGUGUAACCGGGUGACCGGUCACUGUGUUUGCCAGCAAGGAGUGUCAGGUGUCCGCUGUGACCAGUGUGCCAGAGGCUUCUCUGGCCAGUUCCCCAACUGUCAGCCCUGUCACCAGUGCUUCGGGGACUGGGAUCGCAUUGUGCAGGACCUGGCGGUGCGCACCAAGGCUCUGGCUGAGCGUGCCCACGAGAUUCAGACCACUGGGCUCACCGGGGCCUACGAGAAGGCCUUCAGAGACCUGGAGGAGAAACUGGCACAAGCUCAGGGCAUCGUCAACGCACGCAACGCCACCGCUGCAGCCGUCGCUACGCUAAUGGAGCUUAUUGAAGAUCUGAGAGCGCAGAUCGGUGAGACCACUGACACCCUGAACCGCCUGGAAGGAGACCUGACCAUCGUCCAGGACAGUAACUCUGAGGCGAGCAAAGAGCUGAGCGCUUUGGAGAGAGAGGCUAAAGAACUAAACCUCACUUCAGAGCAGCUCCAUCGACAAUUGGAUAUCCUAAAAAACUCCAACUUCCUAGGUGCGUAUGACAGCAUCCGUAGCUCCUAUAACAAGUCUCGUGAUGCAGAGCGCCGCGCCAAUGAAUCAACAACCACCAGGCCCAGCACAGUCAGCCAGUCGGCAGACACUCGGCGCCGCACCGAGCGCCUCAUUUCUGCCAAGAAGGACGAGUUCAACCGUAAAAAUGCUGCAAACAAGCGCAUGCUUGGAGACCUCAACACCAGAGCACAGGGCCUGGACCUAAAGAAGAUCAAUGAGAAGGUCUGUGGUGCCCCAGGUGAUGCUCCCUGUGGUGAGAGUCCUUGUGGAGGUGCUGGUUGCCGUGACGAUGAAGGGAAUCGUCACUGUGGAGGCCUAAACUGUAACGGUGCUGUAGCAGUGGCGGACAAUGCCCUGGAGAGAGCCAAGCACGCAGAGAAGGAGCUGAACAAAGCCAUGGGAGAGGUGGAAGGACUCUUCAUCAAGGUGGCAGACGCCAAGAACAAGGCAGAGGAGGCCAAAGGUAAAGCCCAAGCAGCUCUGGACAAAGCCACCGCCACCAAGAACAAAGUGGAGCGCUCCAACAAUGACCUGAGAGACCUCAUCAAACAGAUCAGAGACUUCCUCACUCAGGAGGGUGCAGACCCAGACAGCAUCGAGGCCGUGGCCAACCGCGUGUUGGAGCUCUCCAUCCCUGCUUCACCUCUCCAGAUCAGACAUCUCGCUGAUGAAAUCAAAGAACGGGUUCGCAGCCUUUCCAAUGUGGACGCCAUCCUGCAGCAGACGCAGGAUGAUGUCCGCAGAGCAGAACAACUGCUGCUGGAUGCCAAGAGAGCAAGGCACAGUGCUGAGGGUGUGAAGACCACAGCAGAGACAGUGAAGCAGGCCCUGGUGGACGCCAAGAUCGCCCAGACAUCAGCAGAGAAGGCCAUAGCCAGAGCCAAAGCUGACAUUGGGGAGACUGAGGCCCGACUGGCACAGAUUGAGUCGGAGACAUCCAACAGUGAGAAGGAUCUAAACGAUGCCAUGGACCGCCUGGGCACACUUGGACGUGAAAUUAAUGACCUGAAGACCAAACGUGCCAACAACAGCAUGGCAGCAGCCCGAGCCGAAGAGACAGCCACCAUGGCGCGAGACAAGGCAAACGAAGCCAAGCAGAUUCUAGACGGCCAGCUGACUGAUAAAUACCACGAGGUGCAGCAGCGGGUCGACACAAAGGCCAAGGCUGUGCAGGAUGCCAAGAAAAGGGCCGAGAGCCUCAGAGAUGAAGCAAAGGAACUACUGAAAGACGCCCAGGACAAGCUCCAGAGGCUAGCAGAUUUGGAGAAAAACUAUGAGGAGAACCAGAGGAGGUUGAAGGUGAAAGCUCGUCAACUGGAUGGCUUGGAGGACAAGAUGAAAGCCAUCCUCAAUGACAUCAACAAACAGAUCCAGAUCUAUAACACGUGCCAGUAACUACUCCAUGUAAAAAAAAACAAAAAAAACAGGUGCCAUCAUUGUGCCAUUCUGACAUACAGACUUUGAAAAAAACAAUUUAGAGGACUGGGACGUUUAUUUUAUCACUCUGGAAGUUAAUUUGCAUAUUUUGCAAAUUAUUUGAAAAUGGUUGCUAUCAUGUUUUGACAUAUAUAUUAACAUACUCAUAACUGAACAUGAAAAGGUUGCCUGAUAUCACAUAUUUUAGUUUGAUUUAAAUUUGUGCACAUUAUUUUUGUUUUGGAUUUUCAAAAUAAUCUGAAAAUGUAUCUGCAUUUAAAUUUGUGUUUUGAACAUGAAAAAUUAAAGUAUUAUUUAAAAGAAACUCAAUAUUACUCAGAUUUGGGUGAAAGUAAUGCAUUGCAAACAAUCUAUAGUACUUAUAGUAUACUAUAGUUUACGCAUUUAGAGUGUCUGUUGUAUAAUCAACAGGUAAUUUCCCCCCUUUUUUCUAUGAAGUGUAACUACUGGAAGUUUAUUCUGAGCUGUGCUCAUUGCAAGAGGACUUCAUUUAAACUGCGUCUUCUUGAAACAAAUUUUAAGUGUGUGAGGACAUGAAAUCAGAAUGACAAUCUGCUCAAAAUUAACUGGAUUUUUUUCAAUCACAAAAAUGUUAAAACCAUAAGGCUUUAAUUGUUUUUAUAUUUUCAAAUUAGCCAAAAAAAAAACAGAGACAAGGUAUAGGCAUGUGGUCCUUGUCCCUGUGUGGUUUUAAAGGUAUAAUAUGCAGGAUUUCCCCCCCAAAAUCCAAUGUAUAGAAUUAGUUCUAAAACGAGAGUGAAACUGGGGCUUUUUUAACUUAUGUUGAGCUGGGGAGGUGGGGCCAGGUUUGAAAGUUGUGAUUCUAAAGCAUUAAUGAAAAUUCCUGCAUAGUAUGCCUUUAAAGAAAUACCAUUUUAUUAGAAUGAACAGAUGAACAGGAUUAUUGCAUUCGUAUGGAUUUUAAAAUGAUGAAUUUAUACCAACUGUGGUGCUAGGAAUGCAUUUUGUAUUGUGUCUGCCUUUAUACAAAUAACAGGUAAGCAAUGAUAUGACCAUCUUUAUGUUAUAUAUAAUGAACCGCUUCACUUUGCUAAGCUAACAAAUAAAACCACCUCUGCCUGGAGUAGGAGGAUGGCUCUACACUAAUACUACACAGACAGGAUAAUAAUAAUAUAAUAAUGAGAGCAUUGUGAGCUAACAGGGUUUGCUAACAGCAUGGCUCUAGUGAUGGCUAUCAGUCUACAUGUGGGUGAACUUUGGUCCAGAGUAAAAUAGCUUUGUCAAUUACAACUGAUGACGGGACAACAUUAUUAUCUAGUCUGACAAUCUGACACAGUCACUGUACAGAGGAUAAACCCUUUGUAUUUAUAUAGUAUUCCCUCUGGCACCACCCUCAGGACAAACUUAAAGGAGCGUUAGACAUUUUUUUAAAAAAAACAAACGUAGUAUUUUCUUUCUUUCCGAUAGUUAGAGAGGACAGACUAAAUAAAGCCAGCAGUCUGUUAGCUUAGCUUAGCAUCAAGACUGGAAUCAGGGGGAAACCGCUAGCCUGGCUCUGUUAAAUAUCCUCCUUCUUGCAAUGCGAAAGAUCAUUAAUCAUGUGUACCCGAGUCACAUGACUACGACUUUUGACUGGAUAAAAAUAAAAUUUAAAUUUGACUUGGACCUCAACAUGAGUGACUUGUGACUAGAGCUGCAACAAUUAUUUGAUUAAUCGAACAAUAAUUGAUUAUUAAAUUAAUCGUCAACUAUUUUGAUUAUCAAAUAAUUGGUUUGAGCAGUUUUUAAAGACAAUAAGUCCAAAUUCUCUGAUUUCAGCUUCUUCAAUGUGAAUAUUUCUGGUUUAUUUGUUCCUUUAUGACAUCUUGUGGUUUCGGAAACACUGAUUGAUAUUAUUCAACAUUUUAUUGACCAAACAACUAAUCGAUUAACUGUUUAAAUAAUCGACAGAUUAAUCGAUAAUGAAAAUAAUCAUUAGUUGCAGCCCUACUUGUGACUGAAUUGAAAAUAAUUGAUACCUUCCGCUAAGCCCAAAUGUUUAAAAAUGUAUAUUAUUCUUUAAAAAAAUCAAUGAAUUUCCCUUAAUUUCCUUUAUGAAUUAACACAAUCAACACUUAAAUCUUAAUUAAAAUGGCCUUUAUAUUCUUACUUUGUUGUUAAUAUUCCAUCACAUUAAGUGAAGAGCGCAUCGCUGCUUGUUUUAGACUCUAGGCUCAAGGUUAAGGACUUGGGACUUGUGACUUGUUGCUCUUGACUUGGGACUUGAUUCAGGACUUGCUGCUGGUAGGCCAACUAUUUUAUUUUUGAUUGAGUUGGGCUAGCUGUUCCCCUUUGCCCAGUCUUUAUGCUAAACUAAGCUACAAUAAGAGCUUUACUUUUCAUCUAACUUAUGGCAAGAAAGUAAACUGGUGUUAUUCCCAAAAUGUUGAACUGUUCCUUUUAGCCAACAGGAUUCAUUUUUAUGAAUGCCAAACUUGUGAUGCACAGAUUGUGAAUGUUUGUAUCAAAUGUAAUGUGAUGGAAUAUGUAAGAUCUGCAGUAAUGGAUGCUUCACUGUAGCAACAUUGUCCUCUACGGUAGGUGUGAGUGUUUAAUUGUGCCUUAUAGUAUGCCAGCGUCUUGGACAUUUACUCAUGUACCAUUUGCAUGACAAUUUGCGAUUUUGAAAACAUAACAAACCAAAAAACUAACUCUGUACACCUAUUUCCAUCAGAUCAACAAAAAAGCCAAAGCAAAAAUACCAAAAGAAGCUUGUGUAAAAUUUAACCAUGUACAGUUUUGUGAAUAAAGUUUGGAUAACUUAAAA